CAUCACAAGCUCAGUGCACAAUUUCACCUCAACGCGGCGAGUAGGUGAUUUGGCUGUCGAGUUUUACGAUCAAAAUUCAAAAAGUAGCAUAUUAUUUGCCUACAACGAACAACGAGCAACGAAUGGAAUCAAAAACCAAAAAAAGAAAAACAAAAAAAACAAACCCGAAAUUGCAAGCACAACCCGGCAACUGCUUGCAGCGCGUAUCAGUUUGACAUUUCGCAUUUCGAAAAAAAUAAAAUUCUAAAAUUCGCAAAUUUUGAUUUAAGCGCUUUAUCUCAAAAGCAUAGUUAUUUAUAAGUGUAUGUGUGUGUGCACCGCAUAAUUUAUUGCUAAUUUUGUGUUUACGCCCAAGUGCAGCGUGCAUAUAUGGCGCUACAUACAUGUAUGUACAUGUGUAUGUGAUUGUGUGUAAUAAAAUUUUGCGCUCUCUCGCGCUAGACGCUGUGUGUGCCCGGGAUCUGUGUACUUAGUAGCUUUAGUUAUUUGUUCAACGAAAAUUUAUCAGUAACGGUUUUUGUAUGUCCGAUCACACGGCAUUGUGUAUGAAAACGUAUUAAAAUAAGUAAUUUGAAGUAUUUUCAAAGAAAUUUAUUUAAAUAAUCGAAAACUAUUAUUUGUUAUUGCGAAAAAAUAUACCCCAAAAAUUAUAAAAAAUCCACAAAGAUAUUUAUCAAACGACUGCGAUUUCUGUAAAACUUUAAUUGUGUGCCAUAAAAGUAUUCUAAGCUUAAAAGCAAACAGUGAGGGAGUGAGAACAAGUGUUAUAUUUCCUAACCGAAAGUGCCUAAAGUGUUACAGAGCAACGAAAAUUACGAAAUAGUUCAACAGCUACAGAUAUCAUUUUCGCUUAUCGAAAAUUUAUUAACUUCUGUACGAAUGCUGAACUUGGUGCUGUAUGUAAAGCAGUUAGACAUACAUACAAACAAACAUACAUAUAUAAGCGCUUACUCUAUAAAGAAACGGAGUAAUAAUAAACAAAAGCGAAAUAUCUAGGAUUAUUUUGCGCCGUGGAAGCAGAUCGCCGCUUGCCAUUUUAAUCGCAGCGAACGUGUGAAAGCAUCGAGACGGAAUUGAAGUAACCAAAAAUUCCACGUAAAAUACAAACAAACAUACACACAAAGGAAAGUAAAUUGAUUGUUAAUUGCAGUGAGUGCCGUUAAAAAAGCAAAGCAAGUGCGGAAAACCGCUGCAAGAGCAUCAAAAACGCAUUUACUUCGAGAAAUUUCGAUUGUCCCCUACCCCUUGCAUUGGUGAUUGCAUAAGCAGCGAAAUUGCAACGAUAACGGCAUGCGCUUGCUGCAGCUGACGUCAAAAGCAGAUAACACAGACAAUAGAUUAGUGAGCUACAAAGAAAGUGAUUUACAUUCAAGCUGAGGGAUUAAUUAAAGCAGAGAACAAGUGGGAGAGGAAGAUUUCCAAAUUUACCAGAAAUUUUUCAGAUAAAAGAAAUUUACAAAAAUACAAAACCAACAUGGAGCAUUUGGAUUUAGCUGGUGUGAUUAAUACACCAAACUUAUGGAAUAUGUCGGCAUUCGAUCAACAAGAUGCCAUAUACUUGUCCAGUUCGAGACAGAUGCUGGAGCCAAUACUGGAAGAGACGUCGGAGGAUGAGGAGCACGCACAAAACAGCUGGAAUCAGUACGAGCAGACCAGAGAACACUUUUGGAGUUCGACGGAAUCAGAGACAGGCUCUGUCAUACGAGUCGAAGUUAACAAAGAUCCCGAUUCGAUCUCAGAGCGCGAUUUCGCCUGUCCUGCCAAACGUGCGCGACGCUGCGAUGACUUCAUAAUCGGCGGCCAGCUGAGCUCAGUCGCGCAAUCCGCCAACACACAAACACAAAGCCAAGCAGCACAGCCUGUGUCGGGCAGUUACGACGACACGGUGCUCUUGCGUCGCACGCAACGUCCGUUUGAUUUCAAUGAAGCGAACAGCAACAGUUUGGAGCGCUUUCUCGCCUACGAAGCCUGCACACGUGACAGCUGGGGUCAGCCGACGCAGCCUGUGGUGCCGCAACGUAACAGCACUGGCAGUCGUCGUUUCGACGAAUAUUCCGAUUCGGAUAGCAUAUCCUAUCACUCGCUCAGCCGUUCCUCAUCGCUGAUACAGUUUGAGUCAUUGGAACGACAGUUGCAACUGCAGGAGCAGCAUGCGAGCAUGUCCAGUUUGGGCAACUCCUCACCCUCGCUGCUCAGUUUCGAUGGCGCACGCAGCACUGGCGCCUUGAAUGGCGAAGACACGCGUAGCGGAGGCAACAGUGGCAGCAAUUCGGGCAAUAAUAGUCGACGUGGUUCGCAAAGCUCUCUACUGAAACGGUUUGAGUCCUCCGAUGGCCGACUGCAUCAGACCUACUUCGAUUUGGAUAAGUUGAAUUUCGAUGAUGAUCAGCGUGUGCUAUUCGGUGCGAGUAAGGCAAAUUUGAUGGAAGCGACGGUGGGUGAAGUUAAAUCUGACUCUGAGUCAUCUACAAGCUCAAGCACUUCGUCAGGCAAUAGCAUUUUAACCGCAUCCAAGCCCUCGGCGGAAGAUUUGACAGACUCGAGUAGCACGGCGGGCACGCGUAACGGCCGCAUCAUGGCAUUUCAGCGUGCCGGUAAGAGUUCGGCGGAGAAUCUAUCGGAAGACUCGGGCUACUGUGAACCGUCGACACUGCGACGCGCUAAAUCGAAAAGUAUACCAAAGAAUUUCGAGAAAUUCUGCGAGGAGGAGGAGGAAUUCCAGCAGUACGACUACACCGUGGAAAGGCAUACCGUCGAGGCCAUUGACAGUGUGACAAAAACAGUACAUCCACAAGAGCAAACACAGCAACCACAUUCCAAAAGCGUCCUCAACCACAAUCACAACAUAAACACCGAUGUCGCGUCCACAAACCAUUACGUCGUAGGGCAUGAUAUAUGUCAGCCAAAAAUAAAUGACGCCACAUUCAUCGUAGCAACGGAUGACGAAACGUCAUUCAGUGCGUCAACCACACCACCGCCACUACCCAAAACAUCACCACAAACACCAGCGCUCAACGGCGGCGAAGACGAACAUGAAGACGAUGUGGACGAAAGUGAUGAUGAGGAGCGCAUUUCAGAUACAGAAGAAGCUAUCGGCUCGCGCUAUGUAUCGGCGUGUCCAACGUAUGAGCAUGUUAAAAAUAGCCCAACGCGAGAGGCGACCGCUGCCGCUUUGUUGCUCGAACAGCGACGCUCGUUGGCGCACUCGCCUUCGCCUGUGGCGUCUGAUGUCUCGUCGUCGUCCGCGGCGUCGGCGUCAUCAGGCAGCAGUUGCGGCACCGCGCGAUCCAACACCUCAGCAUCCACAUGCGCAUCGGCCGCCUCGUUCACAUGGCUACCAACACCGAGACAAUUGCAACAGCAACAACAACAACUACAAUCACAAUUAGAACGAACGCAACGUGAAACGCCAGCAUUCGCCAAGUUAGAGCUAUUAGCGGCGCAAAAGCGUUCGACUCUCGAGAAUUUUUGUGCGAGUCUACGAAACAGUUUGCCAGAUAUACGCGACGCGUUAAGUUCUAAAACCUGCGAUACAGUUAACGAAACAUAUUUUCCCGUUUUGUCGGAGAAACGCAACGGUAGCGACGUGAACGACGCACACGAUACCAACGGCCACAGUCUGGAGCAUGCACGGAGCGAAACGAAGACGUCAGAACAUGAACUUAUAGACAUUGAACGGUCGGACGGUGGUGCAAAUAUAGCAACAUACAAUUUAGACGAUUCGGACUUUAGUACGACAUCGACACCGGCAUCGGGCUCAGCAUCGGCGCGUGAAAGUCACAGUGACGAAACGGACAACGAGUCCACGCCAGAGGCUAGGAAACGACAACGUGUCUACAACAACACUGGCGGUGGUGGUGGUGUUGGCUGUAUUGGUGCAACCGAAAGUAGUGUUAUUGGUGGUUUUGGCGGUUACGUCAGUGGCGGACGGCGCAUAUCGAGUGUGCCAAGCGAACUAAAUAAAUUGGGACGUAGAAAACGUGUUAAUACACGCUAUAGACAGAGUAAAUCAUCGCCCGAAGAGGAAGCCACAAGUGAAACUAGUCCCAGUAAUUCCAGUGUAGACGAAGCUGAGGACGAAGACUUUUUCGACACCGCGACCUCGUACCGUAUACGACGUACUUGCAGUUGGUCCGAACGGCGUGAACGCAACCUACAACGUUUCGAGGCGGCCUUCGGCGAUAGAGCGCAACGUGAGGGUCAACGUCAUUGGGCCAGCCAAUCGUUGGGUUAUAUGAACGCUAGCUACCAGGACCUGACGCAACUUGAUUAUUCGGGUAAGCAGCUGGAGGCGGAUAAACAGCGCAUUAGUGUACAGACUAAUUUGAAACGUUGUUGCGACUACUUAACAAGUGAGGGCGAAGGUGAACGCGACUCGGACAGCGAAAACAUGGACACGCCCAAGAGCACGGCCAGUGCUGAUUAUGAACAUAUAAUUUGCAAGGGCAAUUUCUUGCUGGAUGAACUCUCACAAAUAUACGAUCGCAAUGUUUCAAUUUUGAAUGAUAAACCGAUUGAAGCCGACGAGCAUUUACUCUUGCCCACACCCGAAGACAGCGCGGAACGUCCGAGCUGUAGCCCGCGUCCACCGCCUCGUCAGCGCAAACACUCCAACUCAAGUUAUUCGGAUAUGGACAGUGUUGGUGGCAGUGUGGGUUGCGCCGACGAGCAAGUGGCCGUGGCGCAGCAUGUGCAAUUGACCAUACGAAAACCGCCCGCGCGCCAGAAGCACGCACGCAAAUCUGAGGCCACACACAGUUUAAUUAGCGACGCGCCAUUAUUUUCGAGUGAUACGUCAACCACAAAUACAUCGAGUGUGGCCUACGGCAAGACUUUCGAUCAGGAUCCAACCAACUUGCAUACCAGUUAUACGCAGAGUUUAGAGAAAUGCAACUUCGAUCCGAAGGAGCUGAGCAAUAGCGAGUUGAAUAAGUCAAAUUCGAUACCGAAGCGUCGUUUCCACUCGCAAGCGAAUGCCGCGAAGCAGCGCAAUAUGGUAUCCAGCACGCCGAAUCUAAACGCCUACGAUCCGCAUGCGAACGAUGUGGAGGACGACAUGUACGUGUCAAGCGCACACACUUCAAUGCACCAGCUGCCGCUGGGCGCCACACAGAAGCCGCUGGGCAUACUGCUGCCCGCAGGAUCGCGCACCUCUUUCAGCAAGGAAGUCAGCUUUUGUCCAGUGGUCUCACAGUACUCCUGGCAAGAGCAAUCCUCUGAAGAAUAUGGUGAACAACAUCAACACCCAGAGAGUGAACAUGCGGAGGGGGCGGAGAAGCAAGAAGAUACAGACGAUGAGCUGCUGGACAAUGCAGAUGCCACGGUAAUACAGAAUACACGCGUUAAUGAAAUGAUUGCGGCGCGCUAUGCCGCAGAAUUAAAGAGCGCGCUCGCCGCAGGCAACGCAACAAAGAGUGUCGCUCAAAUAAGAGCUGUGCCAAUUGAAAAAGUAAGAGCAAUGAUUAUUGUAAGAGAGCGACAAGCAGCUGAAGAGCAAGAGCGUGAACGCGCGCGUUUGCAAGAGCGUCCAAUAGGUUUAGGAGAGCGUGACGCUCAAGAGCAGGUAGAGCGCAGCCACGGCGAGGAAAAAACAUCGCACAAAGCCACUGACUAUAGCGUUGAGACAAAGGGAGAAGCAUUAAAACUCGACUCAAACGACACCGCUGCCGCUAAUACUGCAGACUACAGUGAAACGGUGAACGCUGGAACGGCGCAAGCGAAUGUUAGUCACAAAUCGACGAUCAUUGAUGCAACAACGAAUGUUGUACUGACGGAACAAACGGUCACUGUAAAAGCAACUAGCGAAAGUAACGUUGUAAACGACGAUAGCGACAACGACGCGCAAUCUAAUCGGAAUAGCAGUUUUAGCGGUGCCAGUGGGGGUGCGGUCAGCGGCAACGAUAACGCCAGCGAUAGUAAUAAUUCGGCUGUUAGCGGUGCAGAGCCAACGCGUCCGCUCAGCAUACACCUGCCGAUAUUGAGUGAGCCGCCCAUAAAUCGCGCGCAUCACAUACUCUACGCGUCGCAGCAGCUGCUCGACAAGUUCGAGCGUCGCGAAAGUGAGCAAUAUUACGGUCAAAAUAACGGGCCCAAGUGUGAAAGUGCUAUAGGGGGUGUGGGCGUGGGCGUGGCCGAUAGGCGUGCGAAAAGUGUGGGUAAUUUGAGUGCGGCGCAAACUGCACGCUACAGAAUGUCGAACACAACAGUGGGUGUGGGUGGCCAAGGCGGCAGCGGUGCUGCGGCGGCCAACAACAACAAUGAGCUCUUGAACAAGAAAUUCAAGGAUGAAAAACAUCCGAGUUCGAAGGGUUUCCUGUCGCGUUUCGCGCACGGCUUGCGUUUCUCGCUGAGACGCAAAAACAAAAAACAAUUGCAACAACAGCAGCAACAACAACAACAGCAAUUGCAGGAGCAGCAAGACGGCGGCGAGCUGAACGGUGUGGACAAGUCUACAAUGCGUAAGAGUUUCGGUAAGUCAGCAACAUUGCCACAUAUAAAACAACAACAAAAAGCACAACAGCAACAAAAACAAGCGUCUGUACAACAAAACAAGUCGUCAACGCAAAAUAACACUAAACGUGCAACCGCUCAAAGCGGCCCCGACUAUAUUUACAUACCGCUAAAAGGUCCUAUACCACCAGCAGGUACAUUUCCACAACAACAACAGCAACAACCACCAUCGCCAACGACUUCAGCGAACGGCAGCAAUUCGGCCACAUUGCCGGCCAACUUCAGUCCAGCUGAUGCAAAACUUGCUGUCAACAAACAACAAAAGCCGGCAGCAGCAACAGCAAUUAAUAACAAUAGCGCCACCAACGGCAACGCGAAACCCGCCACUAUCAACUCGAACAAAGGCGGCAGUGACAAGAAUACUAUGCGCGCCAUCACAGACCGUAACGGCGAGCCGCUAGUUACCGGCAAACCGCCGAAGCCCUAUCGUUACGGCAGCAUACCGGCCACCACCUCUAGCACGACCAUAAUAACCAAGUACUUUGGCAGUGGCCGACGACAGGGCGGUGGCGGCGGUGUGCCGGCACAUGCGCACAAGGAUGGCAAUGGCAUGCCGAAUGCAGCCAACUUCAAGUCGCGUAGUCAAUUCUACACUGAUUUCCUCGAUGCCGAACGUUCGUACUACGAUGACGAUGAAAUCGAAAAACAGUUAGAUGCGGGCUUGCAAGCGAACGGUAACGCAGUUACAGCAACGGCAACGCCAACAAACGACGCGCCCGCUAAUGUGACAAACACGUCGGCCGUAACGGAAGUGCUGUCACAACAAACGGGAAGAGAAAACAAUCAACGCGACGCAGAUAGUUCGAGUGAAAACGCGAGCGUUGCAACAGCAACAACAGAACGCAAAUAUUCGGUGGAAUACGAGACUCCGUCGGCGGCACUAGAGACGGCUCAAGUCGCUUACUCCUUGCCGGGUGUUACACGCGAAACCGUUAUGUUAUUAACAACCGGCGCAACCGGUUCCGGCGUGUCGAAUGCCGGCGACGGCAACGGACGCAUUGUCGCGCCCACCUACACAACCAUGUCGAACGCGUAUUUGCAACAUACCAAUAACAAUAACAAAAUCGGUUUAAUCGAAACCAAUUUGGACACACACGAAACGGUCAUAUCGGGUAAGACGCGUUCGCUGGUGGACAUUGUCGGUCCACAGCAGCAUCAACAGCAGUACGUUGUUGUUGGUGGCGCCGGCGGUGGCGGUGUGGCGAAACGUUUGAACAUGAGCGCGGCUUGUGGCGGUAAUGCGGACUUGGAUGAGGACGAUGACGAUGUGCGUGUUUACGGUCGCGAUGUUGGUGGCCGCGGCGGUGGCGCUGUUGUAAUCAAAUCAACAACGGCAAAUGGCAGUCAGAUAGCGUCGGUGCGUCGUCCGCACAAAAGUAUGGAAUUCCUGUUGGACAAAGAGAAUCAGAAAAAUGUUUUGCCACCCGAAAAUGAGCUACAGAAAUCGCACGAUCACAAUCCGGCCGCCUUGAGCGAACACCAGCUGCGUGUGCAGGCUUCACUGCAGCGCCUCAACAUACCAGACUGGUUCCGACAAUACAAUCAGAAUACAUCACGCUCGCCGGAGGGCAAUACGACCGCCUACAAACCGGGAAAUUUCACACGCAAACGCACCACAGAAUCCGGCCGUUGGGCGGGACUCAACUCAAAGACCACAUCGCUCAGUUCGUUGGGCUCACAACGUUCGGAUCGCAGUCCACUACUGCUCAGCCCCUCGGCGCAUAGUCAUCACGGCGGACAGGCGGCGCAACAGCAUGGCACCGCCGGCACUAGCGUUUAUAGCGCAGCUGGCGGCGGUGGCGGUGGUGCAGGCGCAUUCUCGCGCUGGUCCACAUCGCAUCUGAAUUCGUCACAAACAUCGCCGAGCGUGUCGCAACGUGGCUCCUUUACACGUGGCGGCCCGAUCAACUCCAGUUUCAUAUCGGUGGCUAGCGGACAAAGUAGUGUGAUAAGAAGUUCCUACCGGCAGCCAUAUUUGGGUUGGCGCAGUCAGGAGAAGCUGUCACAGCGCACCCCACAUGAACGCUUGGCCUCGUCGUUACUCGCGCAACAACAACGCACAUCGCCCACACAAAGAACCGCCGGCGUCACCGCGAACGGUGACAAUGGCAAACUGCAGCCGGUCACACCGGAAAUACAGAGCUCCAUCAAGGAGGUCACCUCGGCGAUUGUGCACUAUGUGAAUGAUCAGACGCAGCAACAGCAGCAGCAACAACAGCGCAGCAGAUCGGCGAGUCCCAAUUCGAGAAAAUGUUGGCUUGAAUCCUCAUUUGUUGGCAUACGACCACUGGACUCACCGCAAACACCGGUCAUCGAGACGACAGCAACCGCAUUUAGUAGCGCUACGAAUACCAACAACAAUACAGCAACUAACAACAGCAUUAGCAGCAGUCAAUAUAAUAAUUAUAAUUACAAUUACAAUACAAGUAAUUCAUCAUCAAAUACAUUAACGGCAAUAACAACACCAAAUAGUGUUGGUGGCAUCGGCAUCACCACAGCGAUAACAACAAAUCCACAUGUGUUACGCAUGAACGGUCUGAGUAUCGUUGGCGGUGCGCCAGAACGCUCGUUGAGCACCGCUUCGCUAGAAGAUGUCUUAGCCUCACUAUUAGGACUGCCAUCGUCGUCAGCGUCGUCCAGUGGUGGAGUGCAGGGCGUGAACGUGGGCGCUGGUGCGGGUGCGGGUGCAGCUCUUGGCGCUAGCGUCGGCGUCGGCGUCAACGUCAACGCGGGGCCCGCCGCCACAAGUGAUCCAUACGCUAGGUCCACGACGACAGGCGAUUCAGCUAGUCAGUCCCUGGUAACAUUCCGUCAUAUGCCGCAGCAGCAACAACCACCACAAAUUCCCCAAUCCCAGACGCAACUACAGCAAUCCCAACAACAACUACUACUAGUACAACUACAGGCCGAACAGCAGCGUUUGCGCCGGCGCAGUGAGGGCGAUGCACCGCAACAACAAAAACAACAACAGCUGCAACAGCAACAACAACAGCAACAAAAUGCCAAAACCAAUUCGUCAACCGGCAACAGCAUCGGCGCAACGACGCAGCACACCAACGUUGUCGGGUACUACCAAGACGCCAGCAUCAACAGCCAACACGCGUCAGCCGUCGGUGGCGUUGGAGGUGGCAGCGGUGUCAUCGGCGCCGGGAACGCCACAGUGUCGACGCGCCGUGUCUCGCUCGGCGACAGUUCCGAGUCCAAUAAUAAGACCACAUCCGAGCUGCAGAUCAAGUGCCGCAACACCAAGUGCGAUCGUAGCGCCACACCCGCAGACGCCAAAAAGUAUUACAAGUCAUGCCACAAUUGUACCCAUCUAUAUUGUUCGCGUGAAUGUCGGCGCGCCCACUGGGAGAAGCACCGCAAAGCAUGUCUACACUCACGCGCGUCGAAUUUGUGCCGCCAAGUGUUAGCCACGUGUAAGGAUGAUGUCGAUUCGCAGCGCCAUCUCAGUUUGUUGGCGCGCAAGGGCUUCCUGUCGCAGGGGCGCGGCGUUGUGCGGGUGCUCUUCCGUUCCGCCGAGGCGGCUGAGAGUUUCAUCAAGCACGGCUUUCAGUGUAUGGGCGAGGCGUCCUAUGUGCGUUGGCCCGAUCUGAUGCCCGCCGAAAUGGGUCUCGAGCUGUACUCGGAAUUGCUAAAGCUAAGCACCGAAUACAAGCCGGACUCCAAGAUGCUCAUCUACGUGGCCAUAUGUGUGGUCAGCGAAGCGCCGGGCAUGGGACAGGCGCCAGUACGCUGGGAACGCCAGCUGGUCUCGCGUUGUGCCAAACUGAAACUCUGCAAGAGCAUCCUAGCCGAAUUGGACCAACAACAUCAGGCCCUACAACUACAACAACAACUGCAGCCGCAGCCACCAUUAACAGUGGUUGCCGUGCCGGAACCCACCACCGAGAUACUUAUACUCACAUUCAAUCCAAGCUUACGUUCGAAUAACGGUCAUGGCGAACUCAUACUCUCCAAUAUCUUGGAUAUCUUGUCACGACGUGGUGUGCUCUUGCGCAAACAUUAUCCCGAAAUUUAUCAACGCCUACAAACCUUCACCGACGGACAAACGGAUAAAUUCAAUCCGGUAACACUGCAUCCGCGCGACUCACAAACCGGCAAAAGCUUCGUCUGCAUCAUUAUGCCAGUCCAUACGUCCGACAGUGAUGUCAUCAAGUUGCCGUCGGCAUCGGAUGGCGGCAACCGUGUGACCACCAUCGAUGUGGGCUCACCGGCUGCGUUGGCACAACUGGAUGACGACGAGCUGCUCACACGUUCUACAAGUUGAUUUUUAAAAAGCAACGGUCGUAGUGGUACCAAGAAACGCUCCUCGUCGACGGGCUCGACCGGUUCGACGGCGUCGGAUCUCUUAUUGAUGUCCGCAAGCGCGGAUGGUGCCGCUGGCUCUUUGACGCUGGAAAGUACACGCAUGUAGAGGGUGUGUCGUUUGCUUCAAGGUCGUAUCGGAUAUAGGAACGCAGCUUUUGUAGUUUUAAGACAGUUAUAUUUAUAGCUAUACAUACUAAUAUACACAAAACAUGCAUAUAGUCUUAUAAUCAAUCUCUCUCAUAGCCUGAUUAACGAACAAAAGAAGCUUCCUCUCUUAGCCACAUUUAAAGGAACGCAUACCGAACUCGUAUUUAGACACCGCACACCGCAUACAACAUAACUAUGAACUUUAUACAUACAAAGUCUCUUUAGAAGUAUAAUCGGGAAAUCUUCCACAUUUCGCUCAUAUCAUGCUAAUUUUCGGAAAUCGUCUAACAUUUAUGCAUAAACAUACAUACAAGUACAACAAUACUUCUUCAUAUUCGUAUUUAGCUAGAUAAUAUUUAUGUUAUGUGCUUUCUUAGUGUUAAAAAUCUGUAAAAAUAAGUCAAGAAGUCAAGGGUGAUUAUGAGAUAAUACAAAAAAAUUGAUUUGUAAGCAAGCCAAUAACGAGAGAAAUAGGAUUAAAUGGAAGAGAUAUGGGAAGAAGAGUAACAAAAAUAGAUGUCUGAAAUAUCUGUUACACAUUUUUUAGUCAUAACUGAUGUUUUAAAUAACUCCGAUUGCAAAAGAAAUGUUCGAAAUGUCAAGAUACUCAAAGUUUCGAAAGAAAAAUUGAUAAUACAUACAUUAAAAAAUCAGGUCUCGAAUCAUUCACUAUUGAACCUUUAUAGCGAAUAGCUUACAUUACUCGGAUUACAAGGACUUCUGAGAAGCUCGAAACUUCAAAAGAAAGAAAGGUACUUUGUUAAAAAUAUUAGGUCUCCGAUCCUAUCGUCGGCCGUAUCGAAAUCACUUACUGAUUUUUUUACUAAGAGACUUACAUUUCAAUCAUAUAAUGCUCUUAUACCAAACAUUACAUUAAAAAACAGAAUCUGAUCAAGCAAGUGAUGAUUAAGCGACCUUCUUGCCUGUAUUUCGUAUCCGUAAUCUAUUACAACUCCUUUAAAUUCCAAAACUCGAAUAUUCGAAAAACAUAGAAUUCUAUGAAUUCCUCCUUCAAAAUUCAAAAUCCUAGCUUGCCAAAACGGACAAUCUUAUGAAUUUCUUCUUGAACCUCGCAGUUUUCGAAAAAACAUAGAAAACAAAGAAAUGCUUCUUCGAAUUCAAAAUUCCAGUCUUCGAAAAACAUAAAAUUUUGUGAAUUCCUUUUUUAAAUUCCUAAAUCAGUUUUCGAAAAACAAGACUAUGAAUUAAUUUCUUUAUAUUCAAAACCCCAGUUUUCGAUAAACGUAAAAUUCUUUAAAAUUUUCCUUUGAAUUACAAAAUUCUAAUUUUCGAAAAACGUAGAAUACUAUAAAAUCCUUAUUUAAAUUUCAAAAAAACAGUCUUCGAAAAACAUAGAAUUCUAUGAAUUCCUCUCUCAAAUAAAAAACAUAUUUUUCAAAAAUUUGGAAUACCAUAUAUUCCUUAUUUAAAUUUCAAAAUUCCAGUUUUCGAAAAACAUAGAGUCCAAUGAACUGCUGCUUCAACUUCUAAAACCCAGCAUUCGGAAAAUGGUGAAUCCUAUGAUUUUCUUCUCUAAACCCGCGGUUUUCGAAAAACAUAGAAUUUAAAGAAUUCCUCAUUCAAAUUUCUGAAUAACAGUUUUCGAAAAACGUAAAAGGCUAUGAACACCUUCUUUAAAUUCCUAAAUCUCAGUUUUCGAAAGACGGAGUAUCCGAUGAAUUUCUCAUUCCAAUUCUAAAAUCGCAUUUUUCAAAAAUUAAGAAUUCUAUAUAUUCAUUUUUAAGCUUUAAAAUCGCAGUGUUCGAAUAACGUAGAAUUCUGUGAAUAUAUUAUUUAAAUUUCAAAAUAUUAUAAAUAUUUUUCGAAAAACGUGGGAUUCUAUGAAGUCCUUCUUCUUAUGCUAAAAGCCCAGUUUUCUAAAAACUUAGAAUUCCUUGAAUUUCCUCUUUAAUUUUCAAAAUUCCGAUUUCCGAAAAACGUUUCUAUCACGAAACCAUCCUCCGGUAUCACGAAAGUUAAUACAAACUUGAUAUUUUAAGCGAUUAUAUAAAUGCCGUAUAAUUGCCAUUAAAGUAUUUGAUUAAUACAUUUUGAAGGUUCAAUGGAAUACCGUUGUUUUAAUUUACUGAAAUAUAACGGGUAGUUUAUGAAAUUGAACCAUAAAACGAUUACUAAAGAAAUAUUUCACAAAAGGUAUAUAUUCGAAUAUAUUCAAGUUCCAAAAACCCCAAGGCCUUCUAACAUUUUCCAAGUACUUGGAUCCAACAGUGUCCCAAGCCCAGUCCAUGCAUAGAUGAAUAACUAAAGUAUAUACAACACUGUAGCGAAAUUACUUCAAGAAACACACUUUCGAAGUGAGAAACCAAGCUAUACUACCAUUUAGACUAGGUUUACCCAUUAUCGGGAUCAAUGUAAAUCAUGAGGAAACAAGGAUUAUUAAAGGUGUUGAAAGGAGUGAGAUAGAUAUUGAACAGAGAUAUUGAACGUCAAAGACAGGCGUCAUUUAUAGAUUACUUCAAUGCAUGCUUUAAACGUUGUCACGUUUCUGAAUAGAAACUACGAUCUAUUGGAAGAUCAGAUUAAAAUCAGAGUUUUCAGAUAUAAAAAUCAGAUAUCUCAGAGAUAAAAAUCGGUUAAAUGCUAAUACUUUUUCGGGUUGUUUUUUAAAACAUUAGAAAUCUUCUGAAUAUGAAAAAGAGAUGUCUUACAUACAGAAAUUCCGACUUAAGGAGUUUUAUGUCCUUGCAAAGCAGAAAACCCCUUGUUUUGUGAAAUGUUUGUGAAAAGGAAGUUUGUUUAAUAAAUAAUUUAAACUAAUGUACAAUUAUAGGAUGUACUUUAACCGUUCUCCAGAAGGACCUCAUUCACUCCUCAUACGACCGCGAUUACUGCCAAACCACAGAGUCGCAACAAAAUCCUCUAGUCGCAGUGGUUCUAUUACGAACUCUCCAUGUUCUAUUUAAAAGUAUCGAAAUUAUUAUAAAAAAUGGUUUUCCCUCGAUCAUUACCUGACUAAUACAUCGGAGGAGAACGUGUAAAAAUCUGAAGACUGUGAAACCGUUUCGGAGAAGUUUGCCUCACGGGCUCUGAAAAUCUAGUUUCGAAAAAAACGCGUUUAAGGUUUUGGGAGUCGAUUACAUUAAGUUAAAGAAUUCUUCCAUUAAAUUCAUAUCUCCAAAACUCUUUGCGGGAUUAACUUCAAAUCUUCGUAAAAUAUUUUCAAAUAUGUACAUUCUAUAAACUACGAGUAUAUGGGCGAAAAAAUCGAUUUUUUCUAUUUUUCGGAAUUCACAGGUGGAUAUCACCCCUGUAAUAAGAAAUAUGGGUAUCAAAAUAAGAGAAAUAUUGAAACGAGGCGCUUGAAAAAAAGUCAAAUAUUUGUAUUAAGGAAUAAACAAAU